CGAACCCAGAUCCCAGAAGUUUCCCUGCUCCAGUUUUGGCGCCGGACCUGGGACAAAAGCAUUGGAUACUUACUGCUCAGACUGAGAGUGAAAAACCAGAGGAAGAUUGUUGAUGGCAGAAUUUUGACAAUGCAAACAAUGGAAUUGGUGACCUUCAAUGAUGUAGCUAUAGAUUUUGAUGCAGAAGAGUGGGCCUUGAUGGACACAACACAGAGAAACCUGUUCAGACAUGUUAUGCUGGAGAGUAUCCAUCAUCUGGUGUCUGUGGGGUAUCAGCUCUGCAAAUCAGAAGUGGUUUCCCUGUUGGAACAAGGAGAGGAACUGUGGAGAGAAGGAUUAGGAUUUCUCCAAGGACAGCGUACAAGCAGACAAAAUCACCAUAGAAAAGAAGAAAUUUUAAUUAUGCCAGGUAUCUACAAUAAGGACAAAUAUACCACCCAGGCAAAGCAGCAGAUUUGUAACAUUGGAGAGGAUCCCUUUGGAAGUACUGAUUUGGGAGAGGAUUUAAUUCACUCAAGAUUGGCUGACAUGGAAACAAAGCCCUGUCUAAAUGAACAAUUUCAAAACACUAUCCAUUUCCAGUCAUUCUUUAAUAGACAUAAACAAAUUCAGACAGAAAAUAAUUCAUAUGACUGUCAUCUAUGUGGAAAAGCCUUCAGAAAUAUUUCUGAACAUAGACAGCAUGAGAGAACUUGCACUGGAGAGAAACUAUAUGUCUGCCAUCUAUGUGGGAAAUCCUUCAGUCAAUGUUGUAACCUUAAGGAACAUGAGAGAAGUCACAUUGGGGAGAAAGCAUGUGUCUGCCAUCAAUGUGGGAAAAUCUUUACUGAUAAUUCUAAGCUCAGAAUACAUGUGAGAACUCACAGUGUGGAGAAACCAUACAUUUGCCAUCUAUGUGGGAAAUCCUAUAAGUAUUGUGUUAGCCUUAGGCAACAUGAGAAAUCUCACACAGGGGAGAGACCAUAUGUCUGCCAUCUAUGUGGGAAAAACUUCACUCGUAAAAAUGCACUCACACCACAUAUGAGAACUCACACUGGGGAGAAACCAUACAUCUGCCAGGUAUGUGGGAAAUCCUUCAGGCAACGUGGUCACCUUAAUGGACAUGAGAGAACUCACACUGGGGAGAAACCAUAUGUAUGCCCUCUAUGUGGGAAAGGCUUCCCUCGUCGUACUGUUCUCAGAGAACAUGAAAGAGUUCACACUGGGGAGAAACCAUACCACUGCCAUCUAUGUGGGAAAUCAUUCAGUCAUUCUUGUAGCCUUAGGAACCAUGAGAGAACUCACACUGGGGAGACACCAUAUGCCUGCCAUCUAUGUGGAAAAUCCUUCAGGCAACUUGGUCACCUUAAGGUACAUGAGAGAACUCACACUAGGGAGAAACCAAAUGUCUGCCAUUUAUGAGGUAAUCCUUCAGUCAAUGUGGUACCCAUAGGCAACUUGGGAGAACUGACACUGGCAGGAAACCAUAUGUUGGCUUUUUUUGUGGGGAAGACUUCACUGAUAGAAUGACCCCCAGAAAACAGGGGGAGAAAACAUUUCUGCCAUCUAUUUGGGAAAACUAUUAGACAUAAUUCUAUCAUUAGGAACAUCAUAGAACUCAUUUACUAUGUUGUACAUAUGGAAUAGUUUUCAGAGAGUAUAAAUCCCAGUCAAUGUAAUCAAUGUCUAAGUCCCUUUACUUACAAUCUAUUCUUAAAUAACAUGAUUACACUAUCCUGGGAGAAGCACUAUGUAAUUACAUAUAAUAGAUUUCAGCUGAGCUCUAUUCUUGGUGUAUACAAGAAUAGGUCAGAGUAAGAAUAACUCUAAAACAAGAAAACUGGGUAGGAAAGACAUUAUUAGUUGGAAACUGUAGGAGAACUCUAGGAGAUAAUUCAAAGAUGAACUGUGUGAAAUCCUUUGCUUACACAGCAAUGUGUAGAAUAUAUGUGAAGUUUCACAUUUUAUAAAAUAUUCUGUGCAUAUGUAUAUAGAAUGAAGAAAAGUCUUUGUUGGCUUUGAAUUGAUUCAUCAGUGUUUAAUUUCCCAUACUGAGGAAAUGUCAACCCUAAAAUAAAAUCACAAAGUUUUCAGCUGGAGGUCACAUCAGGAAUAUCUAACAGGGAAAAACAUCUAACGAGAAUGCUUUACAACACAAUUCAACCAUUUAUUCAGAGUUUUGCCUGAAAAAUAAAUUAAAACUAGGAUUGUGACAUGAUCCAGGAAUGCCGAAUGCAGUAUUUUUUAAUGAGUUGUAGGGAAGGAAGUGAAAGUUUUUCUCAAUACACUUGCAAAUAAUUAUGAAGUAAAAGCUGUAGCUGAACAUUCUAUAAUGUUCAGCUUCUAUUUUUUCACGUCUACAUGUAAAUAUUACUGUUAAACCAGAGAACUUUGAAUGUUAACAAGAAUGUACAGACCAAGAUUAUGUGUCAUAAAUAUUAUAUACUUUGAAUAGGUAUGUAUAUAGCAAUAAUGAAUAGAAUAUAAAUAAAUAGAUAACUUGGGAUUAA